AUGGCCAAUGCUGCUUGCACUUGCUUGUUUUUCUUAUUAAUGUUGUUGUCUUACGAUAUCCUUUGUGUUGAAGGAAGGAGUUUGGGACUGAGAAAACGAUUGAAGCAUGCCAAAUGCUGCAAUCCUGAAGGGAAGAGCAUCGCAAGAAACACUAAAGAAAAUAAUGCAAGCAAAAGUAAUCCCUUGCACCAUACUAUUAAAACUAGUGAAGGGGUCGCGGAUGCUUUUCGCGUACAAACCCUGGUCAUAGUCCAGACAAAAAUUGCUGCUGUAAAUGGACAAAGUAAAAGUGCUGAUACUUGUACUGCUUGUGCCAGGAGGCAAAGAGAAUAUAUAGACAACUAA